AUGGACAACGAACACCAAGAACAGCACGGCGAGUCGCACCUGCCUCCUCAUAUUGAGCGCUCCCACUCGAGCUCUUCCUCAUCAUCGGUCGACCACGAGCACGACGAGCCCCAGAUCCACCAGCCUACCCCAAUUCGCCCUCGUCUACCGAGCCGGAAGAGCAGUGGACCGCUAGUCGUGCCGAGGGAUAGCUCAGCUGUUGGGCCAAUCGACACCGAGUUUGGACCGGACGACGUGAGGGCAAUGAGCCCGAGGAGGACGAGCGAAGACAUUGAGGCUCUGGGCAGAGAGGCGAGGGAAGAGUUGAAGAGACACGCGAAGGCACUCCAAGAGUCCUUGCUCACCAUCUUCAACCGCAUCGAAGCCGUCCGCGAAGAGCACGACAAGCUCGACAGCAACAACAAGUUUCUCCAGAAGUACAUUGGCGACCUCAUGACCACCAGCAAGAUCACCGCGCCACCAAGCAAGGGCAAGAAAUAA